UAUCUAUUUAGCUCAGUCUGGCUCCAUUGUGCCUGGUCAUGGUUUUGUCUAGGUAGCAUAGGAUAGCGAUUUAUUCUGGUUACUCUCAUUGAACUUGACAUUAAUCUGCAAGUUCAAUUUCUGACUUCUUUCUGAUCUGCUUCAUCGCUAUGAUCUGAACUUCUAGUUGAAGCUGGUUGUGGUUAGGCUUGUCCUGUUCACCUCAUGGUACCCUGAGGGAUGGCUUCUUGUCCAGCCAAGUUAUUGCCCAAAAAUGUAAAAGCACCUGGCCUGGUGUUCUUUGGCUUGCUCCUACUUGAUUUUAAGUGGGUCUAGCUGGCCUUUUUCACAGGUCUGACUCUGCUUCUGGGUUUUAUUCUUAUGUUACUUUUCCUAGCUGUUUUUGUAAUGCACCUAAGCUUAGAAAUUGCUUUCUCAGUGGAAUUUUGAUCAACAACUAAGCUAUAUUUUGAAGUAAAAAUACUCAAUAAUUUUCAGAGAAGCUAAAAGCCUCUUUUAGUAUCUCUGAUGGGAGAUAUUUAAUGUGUCUUUUCUACUGCAUUCUUGUUACCAAGGUCUUGUUCCUCUCUGAAAUACUCUGGCCAUGCAUGCUCUUCCUGAUUUUGGCUGCAAUUCGCUUCCAAGAGCCCCCGAAACACAAGGAAAACUGUUAUUUAGAAGCUCGGGAUUUGCCAAGUCAGGGCCUUUAUCCUUUCGUGCGGUCUCUUUUCUGUAAUGUUGGCUCAAGAUGCAGGAAUACCAGUUACUCAACACAGAAAUACAAGCGCCUACGUACUUCAGGUAUUGAAAGUGGUUCAGAAAGUUUCACAGGACCUGACUUAGCCUUUAUGAAAGAGAUACAAGAACUUGUAAAGGGAUUUACUGAGACCACAGAGAAAACCAUGGCUUUAGAAAAACUGUGGGAAGAAAGCUCAAAGUUCUCAGGGCUUCAUAACGGCACCACUUUUCUUACUAUGGAUUUGAAUGAAGCAGAAGAAAUCAUUUCUAAAAUAGAAAACCUGUACAAACAGCCAUCUUUCUGGAACCUUUUACAUUCUCUCCCUCGCCUUGAAUCAAAGAACUUAUAUACAGAGGAUGGAUUAGCUGCCAUAGAACAGUUUCUGGAAGUUGUUAAAAAUACCUUAGUAUCAUUGAAAGAUUUAGCUGUGGUGCCACUGGGACAGACUUUCCAAGAAGUGGUGAAAAUCACUCUAAAUUUGACUGCUGCAUCAGUACAGGAGAGAAGCUUGGAGGGUUUUCAGUAUAAUCUUUCUCUAGAGGAUAUCUUGUGGAAUCCACGUGCUGUCAGAGAGGAACUUGAAUCCAGAUUUGGUUUUGAUGAUCUUCGUGUUAAGAAACUUCUAAGUUAUACAACACAAUUAACAAAAAUUCCCACAGAAGAAACAGUGGAGCAGUUUGUGUGCUCUGCUCUGUCCAGUGUACCAGGAUAUGAAGCAAACAAAGAGAAUAAUGAAGAAAGCUGUAUUUCCACAUGGCAAGAGGCCAAACUGUAUCUCAUCCAUGCUGUCAGCAAGCUCAGACUCUAUGCACAGGUAUUCGAGCAGUGGUUCAGUAGCAGCCACUCUCAGAAUCUUCUUUCAGAACUUGAAAGAAUCAUGUCUGAUUUAAUGUCGCAGCUGCAAGAAGAAAAAGAGGCCAGGAAAAUUAUCUCAGAAAUAAGUACCCUGAUCCAGCAAUGGGAUAAGAAAUCACAAGCUUAUUUUUCAGAAGAAUAUACUGCACCUCAUUAUCUAAUCCUAUAUCUGAAGAAGAUGCAGGCUGUGCUGCAGGCUGUGCCUCAGUGGUCUGUUGCGAAGAGAUUACGUCUGGUAGACGGAGCUCUGAGGAACGUAGUAUCGCAGUAUUUAAACUUCACUGACGAAGCUUUACAUAGGCUGGAGAAAAUGAUUUCCUUUACCCAAAGAAAUGAAUCUGUUCAUCUGGACAUCAAAAAGCUUUUUGUGGAGCUAAAACAGAUGUUGAUGAGCAACUCUUCCUAUGUCUGUGCUGACGUGCUUACAAUAUUUGGGAAGGCCCUCAGGCAUCCAAAGAUUUCUGAUACCACUGAUAAUUUAGCCAUAUAUAUGUGCACUGGCAAUGACUCAGAGGUGGCUUUCAAGCAAAGCAACCAGCUCCAGUCACUAAGGGAAGCUGUCCUGCUUCUGCAGAAAGUAACUCAGGGACAACAGAACCUGCCAGAUUCAAUAGUGGAUGAUUAUUUGGGAUGGCAAGAAAUAGAAGAAGAGUUAGCUGAAAAUUAUGCUUAUUACUGUGAAACUGAUCCAUUGCUGAGUGCAGAGGAGGAUGUCCAUUUCAGCUCGUGUGAGGAACAGCUUCUCUUCUCACUAAACAGUCUUAAUAGAAGCAUGCAAUUGCUCAAAAAUAUCCUAACAGAUUGGCAAGAUUUAAAUAGUCCUACUCUGAACCAUCUAAAAUACUUAAGUGAAAACUUUCUAAGGAAUCUCUAUGAGAUUGCAUCAUUGGCUGACAGUCAUGUCAAUGCAUCUUUCAGCAUCGGUCAUGCUGAAAAUACCUCCUUUUCAUUACUGUCAAAUGCAACUUUUAUAUAUAAAGUACAAGAGUUAGGCAAAAUUGUUCCCAAUUUCUUUAAAGACAUUCAAAAAUUAAACAGUAGUAGUGUAGACUCGCUUCUUCAGAUACUUUUCUCUUUGUAUCAGAACGCUGAUUUGCUCUUAAAUGCUGAGAGCAAUAACACUUUGAUGUUUCUUUAUAACACCUCAAAAGAGAUUUCAUCCUUUCAAACAUGGAAUGAUUUCCGAGAUAUGGACCGAGUUUCUGAUUUUCUAUCUGAAACUUUUGAUCUUCUCUGGAACUUUACCUGUAAGUCACUCUGUGAAAAAUUACUGACCUUUUACAAUUACACAGAAUUUCAGGCCUGGUCUUUUGUACAAGAAGGCAAAAAAGAAUUGCAAAUUGUCUAUAAUAUUCUGAGCAGCCUUAAAACCGUAUUUUUAGAUGAAGACCUUGAAGCAGCUGCCUUUUGUUAUUUGGAACAAUUUUUUGACAUCUCCCCAGAAUGCCUUGUAAAUAAUGGAUGCAUUGACUUCUAUGUAUCAAACAUCACUUCUGUAAAUGAUUCAGCAGAGGUUUACAAUCUCCUUCUGCUUCCAUUGGACAGUGUUUUGUAUAAUAUAACAAAACUGGAAGAUAAGGCAAGUGUAUCUUCUGCUUUGCAUUGCACUUUUACGUGGCUUCAAAUCUGGACAGAGAUUUUUGAAGAAACAUCCAAAAUAUUAAAAUUGAAUUCAACCUUUUUUGUCUAUCUAAGAAAUGAUUUGAGAAACCUCUCUGAAAGCGUUUUAAAUACAACUCAUACUGAACUGUGCAAUAAAACAACUAUGGCUAUUGUUGAAGCUACGUCAGCAAUGAAUCUGUUGAAAAUGAUAGUUGAAGGUGGUGAUUCAAGUGACUGGAAAGAUUUUGAAACUUACCUUUCUGUAAUUGAAAAUGUUUUUGAAAAUGCAAUUGAUGAUGCAAGUUCACUUAAAGGUAACAGUUCAGAUGACGUUUUAGAAAUGACUGAAGUUGUGAUAACUGAAUUGCAGCAAUCUAUACUAAAGGUUGUUAAUAGAGACUUUUUGAAUUCUUCACUUAAUACGUUCAUGUCAGGAGGACCUGAGGGAGAAAGAAGUUCCAGUGAGUUUUCCAUUGGGAAUUCACUUUCUAUUAUUCUCAAACUCUCCCCAAAGGAACUUGGAUUUGUUCUUGCUGAGAUAAAGGAUACUGCUGCUUUCUUAACAUAUGCACCUCUAGAUAAAUAUUUGGUUUGUGCUAGCGUUUUACAGAAUAUUACAAAAUUCAUUUUUGACAGUACUCUGCAAAACAUGAACUAUUCACAAGUGAAUUUUUCAUCCUAUAUUCAUUCCUUCCUCAAACCUUACAGUGUAAUAGAAGGAGUAGAGAAUUGUGAUGGGUGGAUCCAUGGACUUCAUUAUCUCAGUGAAAAAUACAAGUCACCUUCUCGCCUUGAAAAUGCAAAACAUAUUUUAUUUCUACUGAAAUCUUUGGGAAACACUGAGACAAAUGCUAAGCUAAAAAACAUUGUAGACUUCCUUAAUUUGAUUUUCAAUUUUAUGAUCCCUGAGUGCUCUGUAACUGGUUAUGAUGUGAUUUGUGUAAACGUUUAUUUCAAUAUUAUAGGAAGAGCUUUAGAAGUCGUUCUCCCUGAAUUUAAUGUACAAAAUGACACUAAUGUGCUUGAAUAUAUUUUUACACUCUUAAAUAAUUCUGGAGGACUAGUACAAAUGGCUGUGAAUAACUUAAUGGGUCACUCACAAAAUACAUCAAAUGAUACCCAUUUCAAUCACUCAGUCCAUGGAUCUAACAGCACUUUAGGGACCUUCCUUAAUCCCUUCCACAGUGUUUGGCUUUCUUCAAUAGAACUUUUGUCAGAAAUUCAACAUCUUCUUGAAAACAAAACUUCUGAAAUGCAGGAAAGCAGCUCCUCUUUCUUUGAUGAGAAAAAUAUCAGUUUGUUGAUGGAGAUCUUUCAACCUGUGCUUAGUAAACUUAAUAAAUUCAAUUCAAAUUUGCCUCAUGAAUUGCAGGGUAACUACAAUACAUUUCUCAAGAGACUGACAGAAAAAGCAGCUGUGAAUGGUAAAUUGGUAGGAAAGACACUCAAAAUUUUCAAGUCUUCUAGUCUUACUAGUUUUCCAAUAAGAAAUGGUAGAGAGUUUCUAGAGCACAUGCUAACCUUAGUGCAAAAUCUGAAGAACAUGGAUAUUGAGUUCUUGAUAGGUCAAUUCAAACAAGUCCAGAUGAGCUUGGACAAUUUCUUUAAAAAUAUCAAACUUCUACAUAGGAAGAGUUCUGAUUUAAGAAUGCUAAUAGACUGGUGGGAUGCAUUUGAGAACAGUUCGUGUAAUUGGAACCUGACUGGUUUAUGGCACAUCACACAACUUUUUCAAGAGGAUCUCUCUGAUGUAGAAGAGAUAUUCCAUCUUCUCCUUGAUGUCAUCAGUGUUAUGGAAAGUCUAGCUCAUGGGAACAUCACAGAAGUACUAGCUGAUGUGUAUACUUUUGCAUUGACUCAAGAAGCAAAAAUGUCAAUGUUUACUAAAGAAGAAAUCUCUAAUCAAGUAGAAAGUCUACUAAUGUUAUUAGAGAUGCUGACAGAUGUGCCUGAUGAACCUGCAGAGGCCUCAAUUUGUUUUUCUGCAGAAUUCUGCUGGAUUUUCAAAAUGGUAACAACUCAGAGUGAUCCCACUUCCAAACCUUGUGACUUUAUGCAAAGUAAUUUUCCUCUGAAUCGCAAUGCAGUCUUACACAUCGUCAAAGAACUGAAACUUGUUACUCUGAAUGACAGUUUCUUGUGCGCUAUGGAAGACUUUCAGACUGAUAUUACUCACAAUCUCACUUGCUUUAUUCAUCAGAUUAAAGAAUGGAACUCUAUUCUUUUGAAGUUUUCUGAGCUGCAUCAUAUAAACGGUUCGCUUCUUAAAGAAUUGCUAGCUUUUUGGAAUGAGCUAUACCUCUAUGCUGAACCUCUGCAGGCAAAUAAUACAAACUCAACUAUCAACUGUUCCUCCACGUCAAAGAGAAAAGUGGCUUUACAAAUCAUAGAAACUCUGAGUAGCAUGCCAACAGCAGAAAUGGAGAUGUCUGAAUAUGUUCUUGAACAGCUGAAUGAUCUUUAUGGUGGCUUAAGCUGGAGCAGUCACUCAAGAAUAUCACUUAUAGAGACUGUUUUUCCUUAUGUCAAGAACAUGACAACUGAAGUUUCUGGACUUUUGGAUACAGAAGCUGUCCAUUCUUUUCUUUCUGUAAUUCAACUUUUCAUGACUUUGUCUUCUGCUGAAAACCAAGCUUACUCAAUACUCAUGGCAUUAUCGUCUUUAAAUGGAAACAACAAUAUAUCUGAUAACAUUGAGAACUUCUGGUUUCCUGUAGUUAAAAGUAUAGAAGAUUUGUUGUUGAAUUUUAAUGUGAGAGAAUCACUUACAGUAAUAGACCAAGAGUUUCAGCUAUUAAGGUUAGCCACUGGACAGUCCUCUUCAGUGACUUCUGAUAUGUUAAUACAGCAGUUUAAUACAUCAUCUGUAGAGGCUGUGUUAAGAAAACUUGAAGACAUACAAGAGAUUAUGAACAGCUUUCUGUGUGAGUGUAAUAAUCAAAAUUAUUCUAAAGUGAUGCAACCUCUGGUCCAUCUUAUGGCUAAUGAAAAAUCAUCAGAUCUACUGCUGGUUGUUAAAGAUAUUAUUGACUUUCUGGAACUAUUCCAAAAUAAAUCUAAAGAAGAUUACACCGGUAUGUUGUUUGUUGAUGAUCAUCUUAGCAGAGAAAUAUUGAAUACUAUUUACAUUGCUAAUUCAGUUUUUCAAAACUUUCUUUUUCAUAUGAUUGCUGACCUUGCUGUUACAAAAGAAGCUCUGCAUGCAAACAGUACUGAGCUUCAGAUAGUUGACUUCAUUGAUUCAUUUUUUGAUUAUGCACAAUACGAAAAUGUUUCUACUCUGUCACAAAACAGAACUCUGGAGAUCAUGCAAGAAUUGUUGCAAAUUACAUUUGCAUAUUUCACAGAACAUAACAGGAAUAAAAUAACUUUAGUAAAGGAUUUGAGACUGAUUGAAAAUUGGGAGAUAUGGUUGUCAGAAAAUCCUGUGGCAGCUUUUCUCAGCAAUUUUAAUCUUUUAAAUGAUAUGAAAGUCAAAGAUUAUGUGCAGAAUAUUACUAAAUUGAGGCUGGACAUUCUUUCUUCCGUCAACAUUUCUGAAGAAACUAUCAGUAGCAUCUUGGAAGCUAGUAUCUCUUUUUCAAAGGUUUUUUACAGUGCCUUUGUGGUAACCUUCACUCAAAGAUGUGAUGAAGAAGUACUUAGCCUGUUGCUCAAGCUAUCUGAAAAGAGCAAUACCUCCCUGGCAGUGGAAGAAUUAUGUUCUUUACCAGCACUGGAUUUGUACACCACAUUUGUACUGAUUAUACAGAAUUUGAACUUACGUCAUAUAAUUUACACGAAUAAGAUACCAUCUGAGAUGAGCAAUGUACUAAGCACAUUACUGGAGGUGGUCUCUAGUAUCAGCUCUCUUCUUAAUAAAGUCCAGCAUGUAAUGGAAAACCUCCCAGUGUUCCUUCAAGCAAUUCAAAACAUUGGUAUGUUUGACAUCUCUGCACUGCAACAGUUCUUGCAAGGUGGACAGUUCAGAAGUUCAGCUGUUGGAUCGCUUGAGUCUGUAAUCAAGGCAGUAUGUAAAGAAGAAUCUCCAUUUUUCAGCAAUGCAAACCUAUUCGUUGAUAUGCCCAGAAUCACGGGGCUCUUAGAGGACAAUAUGGGAAAAUACGGGAUUCCUGAAGAUUCAACUCCUUUUUGUCUAAAGCUUUAUCAGGAGAUUUUACAAUCUUCAAAUGGGGCUUUGGUAUGGACUUUCCUGAAACCUUUAUUACAUGGGAAGAUACUGUACAAUUCAAACAUCAGCAUGAUUGACCUGGUUAUAGAGAAGGCUAAUUUCACUUUUGGUUUUGUGGAAAACUUGAAGACUUAUUCUCAAACAUGGCUAAGGAUGUCUGAAGUUUUUAAAAACCGUGGAAAUGUCCUCAUGGUCUCACGGCUGCAGGAAACACUGCAAAACAAUUUUGUGAAGCACUUUGUGGAAAGUAACCUGGAUAUUGACCUGGAAAAACUCUUUAAAAAAAUGCAAGUAUAUGAAAUUAUGAUGGGCAAGACGCUUAACAGCUCAGCCAGUAGACAAAUUGACCUGUUGUCACAGCUCAUAGUAAAUAUCUCUUCUUGUGUAUUACUGGAUCGUUUCCAGCCUUUUGAGUCUGUUGAUAAAUUGGAGGAGAAAGCUCAUGAACUCAUGCAGCACAAUAAUUUUUUGGCUAGUAUCAUCUUCAGUGCAUCCAGAAACAAGACUCCAGAUUCCAGCAAUCUCCUUACACAGCACAUUUCAUAUACAAUUAGAACCAGCAUUCUCCAUAGCAUGAGAACGGACUUGAUUAAAAACCCAGCAUGGAAAUCUCACCCCCAGAAGCUGCCAUCUGAUGGGUUUAAAUACAAUCAUAUCUUUAUUCCUCUUCAAGACAUGAUUGAAAGGGCAAUAAUUUCAGCACAGACUGGAUUAGAUAUCUCAGAGCCAGCAAUUCAGGUGCAAGCCAUGCCUUAUCCUUGUCAUACCAGUGAUCUGUAAGUAAACUUUGUACUUCUUAAUUCAGUUAUGUUUUUUUUCCCACUUAUGAUGAUGUUAACAUGGAUGGUUUCUGUUGCUAGUAUGGUUCGCAAGCUGGUUUAUGAAAGAGAAAUUCAUCUCGAAGAGUAUAUGAAGACAAUGGGAGUACAUCCAGCCGUUCACUUCUUCGCUUGGUUUCUGGAGAAUUUAAUUGUGCUAACAAUAAGCAGCUGUGCAUUGGCUGUCAUUUUAAAAGCGAGUGGUAUCUUUGCUUAUAGCAAUGGUUUCCUCAUCUUCCUUUUUCUCCUGGAUUUUGGAGUGACAGUUAUUAUGUUAAGCUAUUUUCUGGGAGUUUUUUUUAGCAGCGCCAAUACUGCAGCUCUGUGUGCCAGCCUUCUGUAUAUGAUCAGUUUUUUACCCUACAUAGUUUUGUUGGUCUUGCAGAACCAGUUGAGUUUUACCAAGCAGAUUAUGAUGUGUCUUCUCUCUACAACAGCCUUUGGGCAAGGAGUGUUUUUCAUUACAUUCUUUGAGGGCCAAGAAAUAGGAAUUCAGUGGAAUAACAUGUACCAGCCAAUGGUGAAAGGAGGAUACAUGACCUUUGGAUGUACCUGCUGGAUGAUGUUCUUCGACUCCAUUUUGUAUUCUGUAGGUGGCUGGUAUUUCAGCAAUAUUAUUCUAGGAAAAAAUGGACUAAGGAACUGUUGGUACUUUCCCUUUACUGUUUCCUAUUGGAAGAACCUGUGUGGUUUAGAGAGGAUGAGAAAACAUUAUCUGAAUUCUAACAUGUUUUUCUUCAAUGAAAACUUCAAAGAGAAAGACUUAGCACCUCCAGGCUGGAAAGGGACUUGCACAGAAGGAGCCACCAUUGGUGCCGUGUUGCUGUCUCUCACCAAAAAGCACAUGGAUAACCACAAGGCUGCUGUUAAAGACCUCAGCCUCACUUUCCAUAAAGGCCAAAUAACAGCACUCUUGGGACCUAAUGGAGCUGGUAAAACAACAGUUAUAUCACUGUUGACUGGUCUGUACCCACCCAGCUCUGGUACCAUUCUUAUCAAUGGAAAGGACAUACGAACUGACCUGGCUGCCAUCAGGACAGAGCUGGGUGUUUGUCCACAGUAUGAUGUUCUGUUCAACAUACUAACAGUACGAGAGCAUCUGCUCCUUUAUGGAUCAGUGAAGGCACCUCGCUGGACAAAUGAACAGUUGAAUCAGCAAGUCAGUGGAGCUCUGGAAGAUGUGGAUUUAUCCCAGCACCAGUACAAACAUGUUGGAGCCCUUUCUGGGGGAAUGAAAAGGAGACUGUCAGUUGCCAUUUCCUUUAUUGGAAACUCAAAGACUGUUGUUCUAGAUGAGCCCACCAGUGGAGUAGAUCCAUGUUCCCGCCGUAGCAUUUGGGAUGUUAUAUUGAAGUACAAAGCUGGUUGCACACUGAUCUUUACUACUCACCAUCUUGAUGAGGCAGAGGUGCUCAGUGAUCGAAUUGCCAUUCUGCAACAGGGCCAACUGAGGUGCUACGGUUCUCCUUCUUAUCUGAGAGAAACAUAUGGCCAGGGACACAGUCUAACGCUCAUAAAAAAGCCCUCUGCGUUUGAAAUCCAGGAUCCUAAGCAUGUUGUCCGGGUCACAUCAUUUAUACAGACUCACAUUCCAGAAGCUUUCUUGAAAGAGAACAGUGGGACUGAACUAACCUAUGUGAUUCCAGAAAGGGCAGAUAAGACAUCUUUUAAAGGUCUUUUCCAGGCUUUAGAUCAAAGCCUUCAUCAUUUACACGUUACUGGCUAUGGCAUUUCUGACACCACUUUGGAAGAGGUAUUUCUGAAGCUACUGCAAGACUCGGAGAAGAUGCCAUUUGUUCCACAAGGUGCACAUCUGAACAAUGCGAAAGAUGCUGAAUCAGCCUAUAUCUCACUUAUGGAUGCCUCACGUGUGUGUGGAACUAAUCUCAUUCUUGCACAAAUUGUUGCCCUUCUACUGAAGAGGUUUCACCACUUCAGGCGAGACUGGAGAGGAAGUCUGUCAAAUGUGCUUCUGCCAGUCCUCUUUGUUGCACUGGCAAUGGCCUUGUUCAGUGUGAAGCCUCUGGCUGUUGAUUAUCCUUCUCUCAAGCUGACACCAAGACUUUACAAGAAUGCAGAAUCCUUCUUUAGAAAAAAUAAUUCAUGCUGGCAGAUGGAAUCAGAUUCAUUCCUGGAUUCAUGUGGAUGCACGUCUGCAAAGGAGAUGUGUCCAAGUUUCAAUACCUCUAUUCCCUAUGUGAAAAAUAAGAGAGGAAAUAUUUUAUACAAUCUCUCAGGGUUGACUGUGGAAGAAUAUUUAGUGAGACCUUCCAACAAAGAAAGAUAUGGUGGUUGGUCUUUUGGUGGGAAGAAAGCUUCUCAAUAUCAAGAACAAAAAUGGAAUAGUAUCAAAUCUAAGCCUCUGGUUAAGGUGUGGUAUAACCAAAAAGGUUUCCAUUCACUGCCAUCCUACCUAAAUGAACUCAAUAACUUCAUUCUGUGGCUGAAUUUGCCCCCAACUGUGGAUUGGAGACAGUAUGGGAUCACACUCUACAGCCAACCAUACGGAGGAGCCUUGCUGGAUGAGGACAAAAUAAUGGAAAAUGUUCGUCAGUGUGGGGUAGCACUCUGUAUCAUGCUGGGUUUCUCCAUCUUCACCGCAUCCAUUGGCAGUGCCAUAGUGAAAGACAGAGUAUCUGGUACAAAACGGUUGCAACACAUCACUGGCCUGGGUUACAAAACGUACUGGUUUGCUAAUUUCUGCUGUGAUAUGCUGUUUUAUAUGCUUCCUGUCACCCUGUGUGUUGGUGUUAUUACUGCUUUCCAGCUAUCAGCCUUCACUUUCCGAAACAAUUUGGCAGCCACUGUUAUCCUGCUGGUUCUCUUUGGAUAUGCAACUUUACCAUGGAUGUAUCUUGUAUCCAGAUUCUUCUCAAGUUCAGAUGUAGCUUUUAUUUCUUACAUCUCCUUAAACUUUGUGUUUGGCCUUUGUACCAUGCUGGUGACUCUGCUACCUCGUUUGUUAGCUAUAAUUUCCAAAGUCCAGAGUUUUCAGUACAUCUACAAGAUCCUCAAAUGGGUAUUUAUCAUAUUCCCACAAUUCUGCUUAGGCCAAGGUUUAAUAGAACUUUCAUACAACCAGAUCAAAUUUGACCUAACCAGCAACUUUGGAAUAGAUUCGUAUGUAAGCCCUUUUGAAAUGAAUUUUCUGGGCUGGAUUUUUGUGGAAAUGGCCCUACAGGGAACAGUUCUUCUUCUUUUACGGCUGUUUUUCCAUUGGGAUCUCCUCCAGAAACCAAGGGGUCAGCAUUCAGUUAACAACAUGGUCAACCCAUCAGAAGAUAUUGAUGUAGAAAUGGAGCGACAGCGACUUUUUGGGGGAAGAACUGGUAAUGAUGUCCUUCUUCUGUACAAUCUCAGGAAGUGUUACGGAGGUUUCAAUAAGAAGAACGCAGCUGUGGAAAACAUAAGCUUGGGAAUAACAAAGGGAGAGUGCUUUGGACUCCUGGGAACAAAUGGAGCUGGGAAAAGCACAACGUUUAAGAUGCUGACUGGAGAUAUUGUUCCAUCUGCAGGGCGUGCUGUUAUCCGAACUCCUACAGGCUCUGAAAUGGAUAUACUGUCAGCAAGCUCUGAAGGCACUCUUAUCGGCUACUGUCCGCAGCAAGAUGCACUGGAUGAACUUUUAACGGGUUGGGAACACCUUUAUUAUUACUGCACACUGCGUGGAAUUCCAAAACAACAUAUUUGUAAGGUAGCAGAGGACCUUGUUAACCGGUUGCAACUCAAUGCUCAUGCUGACAAACUGGUGAGAACGUACAGUGCUGGCACAAAAAGAAAGCUCUCUGCUGCUCUGGCUCUAGUUGGUAAACCACAAAUACUUCUACUGGAUGAGCCAAGUUCUGGGAUGGAUCCUUGCUCUAAACGCUACCUGUGGAAAACCAUCUUGAAAGAAGUUCAGGAUGGCUGUGCAGCUGUGCUGACAUCCCAUAGUAUGGAAGAAUGUGAAGCCCUCUGCACGCGACUUGCUAUUAUGGUGAAUGGAAGCUUCAAGUGUCUUGGUUCUCCCCAGCACAUUAAAAACAGGUUUGGCGAUGGCUAUUCUGUCAAAGUUUGGCUUAGCAAAGAAAUAAGCCAUCGAAGAAUGAUUUUGGACUGUCUAAAACUGCAUUUUCCUGGAGCACAAUUUAAGGGACAACAUCUUAACCUGUUUGAGUACCAUGUACCACGAAGUGAGGGAUGCCUAGCUGAGCUCUUCAGAGUCCUAGAGAACUACAAAGCUUUUCUCCAAAUCAAACACUAUUCCAUUAGCCAAACUACACUGGAGCAGGUAUUCAUUAAUUUUGCUACACAGCAGCAAGGAAUCUCACAUUCUUCACAAGAAUCUCCCACUGUUCGUCAAGACCACCUGCCAGUUUAGGAUCAGAACAGGAUACAGUUUCAACAGCAUGUGUGCAUGUGUGUGUUUGUGCAUAUAUAAAUACACACUUUAUAUGCAAUGAAAAUUUUCAGCUGUUAACAGUUCGUGAUGAGUGAGAAGCAUGUAGGAGGAGCAGAGGUGAGUUGACAUUUGUAGGCCAAAAGGAAUGUUAUCAGUUCUCAGUAAUACAAGAGAGUAGUGACCUUCCAACAAAAACUCUGCCAGAAAGUAAUGUCUUGAAACUAACUGCAAUUUUAUAAUAAAAAGGGCCAAAUUAAUGCAGCUUUGCAUAACAUAAAAAGACUGGUUUGAAAUGUCACUGUGUAUAGUGCAUUUUCUUUUGUUGGUAGAUCUAUAUUCAUUUAACUACAGUAAUUUUCUCUUGCAUGCACACUUCGUAACUAACUUUUAUGUGACAAGUCAAGAAAAACUCAUUGAAUAGUAGAAAUAGCUAAGCUAUCACCUGACAUUUAUAUUUAAUGGCACAAAUUGAGAGCCUUUUGACUUUUGCAUUAAUUCAGAUCUGUGUUGUGACAAGUUAAAUUAGCCUUUUUAUUGUAUAACGGAUGCACUGUAUUCUAUGAGGAUCUAUAUUGAAUAGAGUAUUAGUGUACUAGUCUGCCUCCUAGUUAUGUAAAGUAAAUUUAAUAAGCUUUCAUAAAUCAUACUUGACAAUGAGUUUUCCCUUAUGCCUACAGGUUGUUACUGGAGAAUUCCUAAGCAUCUCUUUAAUAACCCAUUUCCUUUUUCCCAACUUUUUCUUUCCUCCCCCCCAAAAAUAAAUAAAUAAAUAAAUGCUUUAGGAUUAUGUUAAAAGAAAUAAGCAUUCAGACAUUGAUCAAUAAACUUUUCAAUAAAUGAGUA